AUGACCGGCAGGGCCAGGGUUCGAGCCCGAGGUAGAGCGUGCAAUCCAGCAUCCGUGGAGCCUGCUAAGCCUGAGGUGGCUAGGGGUCCUGAAGUACCCAGAACUGACCUACAACGGAGCUUCGCUGACAUAGUGAGACGUGGCACAGCAGCUCAGCAACCUCGUCAAAUCCAGGCUAGGCUCAAGCAGCUGUGGGGUGUUAGCCACGUGGCUGGGGCUGGACCACCAACAGAAGCAGAAGGAACACCGCAGCCUUCAGAGGAACUUCAACUGGCAUCUGGGUUGCAGGAAUCCUCGCUGAGGCAGAGGAGGGAUGUUGGCAGGGAUUAUCGAGACUUUGUGGUGAAUACUCAGCAGAUAUUAGGCCAUGUUAGAGACUCAACAAAAGGCAUGCUAGGUAGCCCGGUAAUGCUAUUUUUGAACCAUGUCCAGCUGAAGUCUUGUUCCCAUGGGAAUUCACACAAGUACAAUGUCAUCUAUAUGCCAGACAUAGAGGAUGGACGAAAACGUGAAGCUUUACUCUCUGAACUUGGAAAGUUAUUGGGACAUCGUCGUAUACGUGAUGGAAACUCUUUAUUAUUACUUCACUCACUAGGGGAAACGGUUAAACCAGUGAUUAUUAAAAAUAAGAGAUUAAAACUGACUCUAAAAGUAUCAAUUUUAGACAGUGAGUUUAGGUUCCCUAAUACCUGGCUUUACGGCCAGAGCUGGGAUCUUGAAACCCACAUCUAACUUAUUUGCAGAUUGUAAAUCUGGCCUGGCUAUAUUACUUCCAUUCUUCCAUAUGAAGCUGGUCUUACCCUCUGUGCUGAUGUGAGCCAUAAACUGCUCCGAAUGGAAACUGCUUAUGAUUUAAUAUCACACAGUCGUGAAAAAGCCAGAGGAGAAGAUGCAAAAGAGAAAAUUCUUAAAAAGUUAGUUGGGUCAUCUGUUCUUACAAAGUAUGACAACAGAACCUAUAGGGUGGAUGGUAUUACUUGGGAGAAGUCUCCCAGCUCUACAGUUACAAGAUCAGAUGGCAGUGAAACCUCCUUUGUAGACUAUUACAGGGAGGUCCUUUUCUUGCUGCCCACUGAAAAUAAAGAAAUUUAUGAUGGCAUAAAAAGACACCUGUGUGUCAAUUACCCGCUUCCAAGCCAGUGUGUGUUGAAACGGACCUUAGAGAGACUCGCUACAAAGAUUGCCCUGCAGAUGAACUGCAAGCUAGGAGGUGCCCUCUGGAAGGUGGAUAUAGAAUUGCAGAAUGCAAUGUUCAUUGGUAUCGAUUGUUUCCACGGUAUUGUACAUCGACGGAAGUCAGUCGCAGGAUUUGUGGCAAGCAUCGAUCCAGACUUGACGCGGUGGUUCUCUCAAUGCAUCAUCCAGCAAUCGGGGCAGGAGCUUGUCAAUGGGCUGACGACCUGCUUGCACACUGCCUUGAAGCUCUGGUAUGAACAAAAUUCAUCUCUGCCACAUUCCAUUGUGUAUCGAGAUGGAGUGGGAGAUGGACAGCUUCAAGCACUGACUGACCAAAAACUAAGACAGAUGGAGUCCUACUUAGAAAAUGCUUACAGAGGACAAAAUGUCAGACUAACUUUCAUCGUGGUGAAGAAACAAAUAAACAUCAGAUUUUUUAUUGAAAAGGAUGAAGGAAGACUUGACAAUCCAUCUCCAGGAAUUGUUAUUGAUUUAGAGGUGACUAGGACGGAAUGGUAUGACUUUUUUAUUGUGAGUCAGUCUGUGAAAGAAGGCACUGGCACUGUCACUCCCACUCAUUAUAAUGUCAUCCAUGACACGCUUUACUUGAGCCCAGAUGCAGUACAGAGUCUAACUUACAAAUUAUGCCACAUGUAUUACAAUUUUUCAGGUAUCAUCUGAGUCCCUGCUCCUUGCCAUUAUACCCAUAAGCUGGCUUACCUGGUGGGCCAGAGUCUUCACCAAGAACCACAUGGAUCUCUGUCAAAACAUCUCUUUUACCUUUAA